UGAGACUGAAGACACAGUUUUGUCCGAGGAUGAUGAAGCUUUUAAGGGUGGGGCUACUGGAAGAGGAAGAGUUGUUUGGUGUGUAUUGGAGAGAGUCAGCUGAGAAAUAGAUACAUUGUGGACGCUUGCAUUGGGAUAUUAGAGAUCCAGAAGCAGAAGCAGUAAUGGUGAAGCAGUCUUGUAAUACUGUGUGCAUUUAGCUUUCUGUGGCUGGACAGACGCAGGGCUUUACACACACAAGCCACCGACUCUUUCCUCAUUUAUCUGAGGUAGAUGUGAUAUCCGAGAGAGACAUUACAAAGCGUGUAUCAUGGCUGUGGCCGGAUGUCCAGAUCAUUUUCUACUCCAUCCAAAUUACCAGCAGGAUAAUGUAGACCGAGCUGCCAAUCACAGACAGUCAGAUUUGAUUGGACCAGGUUUUCCGCCGUCAACCAAUCGGAAUUCACCCAGCCAUCAAGAGGAUGACAUGGAUCUGGAGGCUCUGGUGAAUGACAUGAACUCAUCCUUUGAGAGUCUGUAUACUUCUUGCAGUGUGCAAACUGAAUCCACUCCACUGCUGCACAACGGCCAGCUGCCCCGCCACGCCGCCUAUCAUACACACGCCCAGCCCACCUCCCCACACCAGAGACUGCACCGGUCCCAGCCCAUGCACAUCCUUGCUGUCAGAAGACUUCAGGAAGAGGAACAACAGUACCGAACAUCCUCUCUACCUGCCAUCCCCAACCCCUUUCCUGAGCUCUGCAGCCCUGCGAGUUCCCCUACGCUCAGCUCUGGCUCCUUACCUCAGUGUCAGCCUUCAGGCAAAUAUAUCAUAAAAGUCUUCAGCGAGGAUGGGAUGGGAAAGGCGGUGGAGAUCCCAGCUGACAUGACAGCGCGAGACCUGUGCCAGUUUCUCGUCUAUAAAAACCAUUGUGUGGACGAUAACAGUUGGGCGCUUGUGGAGCAUCAUCCAGCCCUGGGACUCGAAAGAUGUUUAGAAGACCAUGAACUGGUUGUCCAAGUGCAGGCGUCAAUGACCAGUGAGAGUAAAUUUAUCUUCAGGAAGAACUAUGCCAAAUAUGAAUUCUUUAAAAAUCCAUUGAACUUCUUCCCAGAGCAAAUGGUUGCCUUUUGUCAGGAGACCAGUGGGACCAUCCCCCCAUCCCAGCUCCUGCAGAACUUUUUAAACUCCAGGAGUUGUCCUGAGAUCCAGGGAUAUUUGUAUGUGAAAGAAAUGGGCAGGAAAUCAUGGAAGAAACUGUAUGUGUUUUUAAGACGGUCAGGAUUGUACUUCUCAACAAAAGGAACGUCAAAGGAGCCCAGGCAUUUACAGCUACUAGCAGACCUGGAGGACAGCAAUGUCUUUACAGUAAUAACAGGGAGAAAGCUGCACAAUGCACCGAAUGACUUUGAAUUCUGCAUAAAACCUAACAAAGUAAGGAAUGAAGUGAAAGAACUGAGGAUGUUGUGCGCAGAGGACGAGCAGAGCAGAACAUGCUGGAUGACAGCCUUCAGACUCUUCAAGUAUGGAAUUUUACUCUAUCAAAAUUACAAGAUCCCCCAGCAGCGAAAAACGUUGCUUUCACACUUCUCAGCGCCUGUGAGGAGUGUCUCAGAGAACUCUCUUGUAGCCAUGGAUUUCUCAGGGAGGAUAGGCCGAGUGAUUGACAAUCCCAUGGAGGCUCAGAGUGCUGCCAUGGAAGAGGGACAUGCCUGGAGAAAGAGAAGUCAGCGUAUGAAUAUCCUAGGAAGCCCCAGCCCAUUACACCCCUCAUCAUUAAGCGGAGUUAUCCACAGAACUCAGCUUUGGUUUCACAGUCGUAUUUCACGGGAGGAGUCCCACAAGAUGAUCCAUCAGCAGGGCAGAGUGGAUGGAAUGUUUCUCUUGAGGGAUAGCCAGAGCAAUCCUAAGGCGUUUGUACUCACACUGUGUCACCACCAGAAAAUCAAACAUUUCCAGAUUUUACCGUGUGAAGAAGACGGUCAAAUGUUCUUGAGCCUUGAUGACGGCGCCACCAAAUUCACGGACCUGAUCCAGCUGGUGGAGUUUUACGUGCUGAACAGAGGAGUUCUGCCUUGCAAACUUAAACACCCCUGCACCACUGUGGCCUUAUGACCUCCGUUUGCCUGAUUCCGCCUAAAGACAAACACUCAGACGUCGUGUGCUGUGGUGUAAUGCUGUGCUGCUGGGCUGGAGAAAAAGCACACUGCGAGAGAAGCUCGCUAUCAAGGAGAGAAAAUCAAAACAACAAACACAAACAGGACCAGCAAGAAAUAAAGGAAAUAAAGCUUGUGUAUUAGCUGCUGAUGAACCUCUCAGCCACCUGCACACUCGACCGUGGCCAGAGCAGGUUCUCAGGACAAUCAUCCAGAGGGAGUCUUCAGGAUCCGCGGUCUUAAUCGUGCAGAUAAUGAUUUGUGAAGACCAGCGGAACACUCGUAAAUCACGUUUGAUUUCAUUUUGCACUCAUGAACCAGGAACAAGCAAGCUAUAGCAAUUGUUGCUUUCAUAAAUCAAGCAGAUUUGAUUCUAGAAUGUCCUGUGAGAUGUGGACAGCCGAUUGGUGGUUUCAGUACUGUGAAAAGACAUUGCCGUUAAAUUCAUGCUUUCGAUCAUUUUCACCGGUAAUCACUAGAAUAUUUAGCCACUUGUCUUAUUUUUCUUAUGUGCUCAUUUUCUUGAGCAAAGAACUCUCAUGCGUAAUGCAUUUGGCCUCUUUUUUGUGUAAUUUUUUAUUUUUUUUAGUUUCUCCCCCUCACAAAAUAUAACCUGCAAUGCUCUCUACUGGCCAUACCAAGAAGUGACAUGUCCCUUCACUCCUACAAGGAAUAGUUAAUCUCAAAAAUGAAAUUGGGUUAUUUACUCACCCUAUUGUUGUACCAAAACAAUAUUACAUUUUAAAAGUUUGUUUUUAUUUUUAUUAGAACACAAUAAGAUAAAUUUGCCAAGCAAAUGUAUGUCAUACAUAGACAGUUCAUAGAGACCACGGCUGUUAGUUUCCAGGACAAAAAACACCAUGAACCAUUAAAUGCAGCGCAUGCGCUAUAAUUCAAGUCUUUUGAAGCCAUAUGACAGUAUUGUAUUGGAGACCGUAAGAAAGUUGAGUCCGAGUCAAGACCAAGUCCAAAUGCUUCCGUGUGCAUUACAACUCAAGAGUCCAGUCUUGAGUACUAAAACACUGCCAUAUGAUACAUUAGGCGAGGAAGCAUCUGAAAUUUUGACUGCAAGCCAAGCUUAUGUCUAACUCAAAUCCGCUUCCAGAAAAAAAAAAAAAAAAAAGCAUACGAUUUUGGAAGGACAUUAAGGUGAAAAAAUUAUGGCCAAAUGUAGUUUUUGAAUUAACUAUUCCUUUAAACAAGAGUACAAAAACAUGGCCUGCCAUCACCACCACAUCCUUUAGGAACGGUGCCUUGAUUUUAAAGAGGAGUCUGUUGAGUUCAGUGAUUAAUAACAACUAAACCCUCUGCUGGGAACUCUGCUGUGGGUCGCAGUCUAUCAGGAGCUAGAACAACAAACUGGAAUCUUUAGAACUGCUGUCAUCUUCAGUCCCAGCUCCAGUCUAUUUUGUUGUUGACUUUCUAUUUGUCUCUCCAUGUUUCGAAAGAUUGUUUCGAGGACAGCACACUGUGAAGCCCGGGCUAAGAACACCCACAGAAAAAUGGGGUUCGAAUUUAUAAUCUGCCUUGUCCAUGGUAGCAGUAGGUACAACGGAUUUGUAAAGAUAUUUUUUUGUACUUGUGACGCAAUGCAACGAAAGAGCCAUGUUUUUAGUUUGUACCUAUAUUGUAUUAAACUAGAUAGAAAGGGCAUAGCCACCAUGUCUACAAGUUCACCCAAGAGAAAAGUACAUAGAUAAAUGCAAAUGAUGCAAUCAUUUUUAAGUAUUGCUUCAACAAAUUUAUUUAUUUAUCUGGAUUUGAUUACUUGAAAUUUAGAUUUGUUUUUCUCAGCGCUGUUCAAUAAUUUUCUUCCACAUUUUUGUGAAUUUUUGGACUUCAGUUAACUAGACCCCCUUUCUUGAACUGUUUAACACUAAUUAUUCAUCAACAUCCUUCUGUAGAACACCAUCUGCAUAGUCCUUAGUUAUGGUGAGUCAGUAAAGCCUGUUCAAUGGGUUGUACUGUUGUGUUGUGUUGUUAAUCUGACACUAUAUUGAAAACACAUCUUUUUGAGAAAAAUUCCAGUGGACAAAAACACAAGUUAACACAUGAUAUAGGCAUUAAGACAGCUCAAUGCAGCCCAUUGAACAGCUUUGUUUCCAUUCACAUUAGAUGGUGUCUACACGAUUAAGGUCUAUUUUUGCAAAUUUCCUAUUGUCGUCUAUGAAAAAAAGUCGUUUUAAUUAUGUCACAAAGUAACAUGAAGCUGUUUGUUCAUUCUAAGAUACAUAUAAUUCAUGUCAUCUCGGUUAAGUAAGGGAUAAUAUACAAUCAGCUGGCUUUCACACAAAAAAAUUAAGGUCAAUCCUGAUACAAAGGGGGAUUAUUUUGACUGGACAUUAUGCUGCUUAUUACACGGCUACUUACCAAUAAAAAGAACAU